GGUAUAUACAUCAACACUCAUACUUAUUAUUUUUAUAAAACGAAAACAUACGCUGACCAACACCUACCUCAUACUCGAUGCUGCACAUUUCGUGUUUCAUUUGAAUUAUCGUAAAAAAAAUCAUUUUUCUCGAUUUGUGGAAUUUGUGUGAGCGACCUAUCGCUAUUGCAUCUAGUCGAAAUGUUAACGUACGAAUACGUCGUUUACAUUGCCAUCACAAUACUGCUGCAUAUCGGGGUGUUGUUUUUUCUAACGAAGAAAAAACCGAAAAAGUAUCCUCUGCUUGGGCGACAUGUCGUGGUCACUGGUGGUUCGCAGGGAAUCGGGCUGUGGGCAGCAGUUUACUGUGCCCGAUUGGGUGCUCACGUGACAAUUAUAGCUAGAAAUCCACAAGCAUUGGAGAAAGCACAAAGCUUGAUCAAAGAGCAUGUGGAGCAUCCUGAGGUUCAAGUCAUUAGGUGCAAAUCAUUCGACUUAGCAACAAGUACUUACCAAGAAACGUGUGACAUGAUAGAUACCAUUGAGGACGAAAUUUAUCCACAAACUGCAUCUGCACCUGUACAUAUGCUAGUAAAUUGUGCUGGAAUGGCAAUAUGUGGUACGAUAGAAGAAACGUCCAUUGAAGACGCCCAUAAAAUGAUGGACCUGAACUACUUCGGCACUUACUAUCCAACCCGAUAUUGUUUGGAAAAGAUGAAGAAACAAAAACAAGGAACAAUUGUAAUUACUGCAUCACAGGCAGCUCUAAUGGGAAUAUACGGCUAUGGUGCGUAUAGCGCUGCGAAAUUCGCAUUAAGAGGAUUGGCUGAGACCAUUGCAAUGGAAGCUAGUCACUGUGGAAUUUCGGUUACGUUGGCCCUGCCUGCUGACACCGACACCCCAGGCUUUGCGGAAGAAGAAAAAACCAAACCGGAAGUUACGAAAAUAAUUUCAGGUAGUGGGGGACUCGCUAAUCCUCGAGACGUUGCGAUUCAAAUUAUUAACGAUGCACUGAGUAAAAAAUUCUUUUCCGUGUCGGGUGUGGAGAGUUGGGUAUUGACAAUUUUGUGUUCCGGUAUGGCACCGUGCCGUGGCUUACUCCUGAAUUUAUUGAUGGUCAUCACAAUUGCGCCGCUCAAAUUUAUCGGACAAAUAAUUCAAUGGAAUUUCAAACGAAUCGUUCGAAACCAUGCAGAGGCUGAACAAAACGAACCUUUCGCAGCAGAGAGGGCGGUAAGGAUGCGAGAAGCGGAGGAAAAACUGAAGGAAACUGACGCAGGUCGUAAACAGCGUCCGAAACGCAGGCAGCAUGUAACGCUGGCCGAAAAGUCCGGUGAUUCAGACGAUCCAGAUAAUUGAGAAACCAAAAACGUGUCUGUCAACUGUAUUGUGCCUUCAGUGCAUCAAACUUGGAAAUAAAUGUUGCUCGUUGCUGUGUUUGUGAUGCGAAA